GAUUCUGACUCUGGCUCUGGCUCUGGCUCCGGCUCCGGUUCCAGCCAUGAGAUGGACGAGAGGGAUUCCAGCAAGGAGCCGGUGAGGGAUGCCGGCGGCAAGGAGAUGGUGCAGAUGGCCAAUGACUUGGUUGGUGUUCUUUCCGGCCACCUUGGGAUGCUUAAGAGGGAGAUCUCGUUCCUGAGGACAGAGGUCAAGUCCCGGGGAUUGGCUGGAAACAGGACUUGUCAAGAGCAGAUCAUGUCUAACCUGCCCCUCGAUGAAAAUCUUCUCAAGAAGGUGAAUUUGCCUUACCUAGGUUCCAACACUGAGGAGGUGAUGGAUUUUCUGCUGGUCGAGACGCAGCAGUUGCUCUACCGCUUCAACUCUCUCGCAUCCAUUCUACAAAAACUCAGAAUCCCCAUAUCUUCCGACAAGAUUGAUAAGCUGCGUCUCAUAUCCAAUGCACUUGUGGGCAUCUCGGAGCUUAUCAAGAGGCACAAAUCUGUUGCUGCUGACAAGCAAGAGGGUGAAGAUCGUUUGGACUGUGCCGGCUGGGAGGCUACAUGGGGAAGCUCGACAGGAAGACAUGGUUGCUUUGACGACAUAACAACAUUGAGUCCUAUGCAGUUUACCACUUCCACGCCUGGAAGCUUCCCAUUAUCGUCCGUGGCUGGUCCUGCCUUGGAGAUCUACUCAAUCAAGCUCAUUAAUCUGAAUCCUAAUCUGAGUUGGCCCAUUGAUGUCUAUGGCGUGGUCGCUGCACGGGAUGAUUUUGACCACAACCGCAACAUUCUCUUCUGCCGGUCAAGUGCAGACUGCCAAAGAAUUAACCAAGAGGACCCUUUUUUGCACUUGAUUGGCCCGUCUCGUGCAAUUGUAGCUGAAGAGCCUGUGAUGUUUCAAAUUGAACUGAAAUUGAAGUAUGGAGCAAAUUUAAAAGAUACAGCAUGGUUCACUUCCAACCAAAGUUAUCGCUCCAUCAUGCCAUAUGAUACCAUGCAGAUCUGUAACCGCUGUUGUACAGCAGAGAUAAGCCUCGGCCGAGUUGCUCCAGCAAUCCAGGCCACAAUUGUAGGUGUUUCUGCUGAAGGGGAGUGGCCUUUUGAGUAUGGAUGUAAAGUUUCUUGCUUGUUUUCUCCUGCUGAUGCAACGGAGGGAUGCGCGGCAGAAGUCGUUUUGCUUGACCGCCGUGCUAAAAGGAUGCGUGCGGGAUCAGAUGGGUAUCUUUCUUUGUCAAGAAAUGUCGUGUCAGUGGGAUUGCAGGGCACACUCCGAGUCGUCACAGAAGCUUACUCAGAGUCCGGACUCAAUAUUGUUCGAAAAUAUCACGCUGAAUUUCCUAUCAAGCAGUGUCAGAUAGAUAGUUGUGAGUGCUCAGUUGACGGCUCCACAUUGAAGAUAGUUGUUGCUUGGUCUCGUCUUGCCAUUGACAAGGAUGAUCUUGUACUCAAUGGUUAUUGAAGGUGCGUCGACCUAGCUUCUUGCUGCUGCUAGUUUGUCAAAUCUUAUGUAGCAGCUCUUGUUGUUGCAUAUAUACUAAAUUUGAGCAUGUAGUUGUCAACCUGUGCACAAAAAGGAACCUCUUGUUAGGCAUAGGUUUGGCAAAGCAUAAUUAUUUUUAUGGCAGAUUUGACUGGCUCCAUUUAUCUUUUCUCUCAUGCCUGCCAUUUGGUCUUGUAGGAACUGAGGAUGCACAAAGGAAGAAUGGAGCUGGUGGUGCUGUGUGAUGUCGAGUGGCAGGCGAUGGUUAGUUAAUUCCUUAGUUUAAAUGGAGCUGGUGGUGGCAUGAAGGCGUGGUUCCUUAGUUUGGAAUGUUGAAUCGUGAUGAUGUCUAGUUAGAAAGACGAGAAUUAUCAUGGUACAGCUGAUGACUAAAAAACUAUGCAUGUUGAGGACUUUGUCCAUGGUUUGAUUCUGUGGGUUGAGAGCUACUGUAAUUUGGUUGGCUUCCUCGACAUUAUGCCUGUGAAUUUUUUGUGCCUGAGAAAA